GCUACCUCCAAUUUGCCAACAAGCUCCACGCCACGCGAGUCGGGCAUCGUUAUCCAUGAAAGAAAAAAAGUAAAAAAGCAAAAAACAAAAGCGCAACAGCAGGGUACACGCAGGCAUAGGUAGAGUAUACGAAGAUCUCCAAAGCGGCCCAAACCCCGAACGCCUAACCACCACAAAUAAACUUAUUUAUCAAACAAAAAAGCAACACGGUCGAAAAUGCAUCUCAGCACCAAAAUUCCAUAACCUACUCCGCAUAGACCGUGCAAAUAGCAAAACACCUAAACCACGUCCUGACGUAGCCAGCCGCUCCUCUGAGGAAAGGACGACAUAUCCCCGCGCGCUGAUUCGCGCGCAAAAUGCCGCCCUACCUAGAGUACGCCAGGACCCGACAUUCUCCCACCGCGAGCCCUACCAACUUACCUACAUGCAGUUACAGCAAGCUCCUCCACGUCUGGAGCCUCGGACGUCCCGGCGCCUCCUCUGCGCCCCAAACACCGCCGCCGUCUGUCCUAUUCCUGGUGCGCCCCGUAGCCGUGCCUGCCGUGCCCGCCAUGCCUUGCCGUCCCCCUUCUGCCCAAAACCAAAGCCCUCUCCCUACUCUAGCCCUGCCCUGCAAGCCAUGCAGAAAAACUGCCAUCCCACAUCCGUCUCUCUUCCGACUCCUCCUAGAGUAGAGUAAUUCUUCCCUGCACCGACUCGAGGCUGCGUCCGUGGCUUGCGCCUGCGUGCCGCUGCUGCCGAGUAGUGACUGCGCCUGGCUGGCGGACACGGAAAGGCACGUGGGCGCGACAACAGGCGCGCAGGGCUGCCCGGGGCUGUGGUGGCGGUUUGACUGUCGUCGUCGGUUUCGUGGGCGGCUGGAGGUCUGGACUCUGCCUUUUCAGCCCUUUUGCUCUCGGGAGCUGGGAUGCUGCUGGCUGCGUGGGGGUCUGGAUUCUGUUGCGCGUGCUUGGUUACGAGUGUGGGGCGCAGAACAUGAUGAUGGUGGUGAUGAUGGCCAUGGGAAUAUUUGAUGAUAUUGAUGAUGAUAUUGACGGUGUUGGUGGU